ACCGUCUCGAUCGAGUCUGCGAGCUGCGCCGCCCGGCUGCCGCGCCGCCCGCCAGCCCUCCUUGAGCCCGCGCUGCUCGCCGCCAUGCCGCCUGCCAGCGCGCUGAUGUUCCUGAUGUGCUUCCGCCUGGCGGGCGUCGCCGAGGCGGUCAAUGGCGCCCGUCGCUUGGCCCGCCCGGCCGAGGGCGCGCUGCCCCCCGCGCUCGCCAAAGGAGAGAUCCGGGCAGCCUACCGCAUCAUGGAGACCCAGAACCCGUUUCCAGAGGAGAUCGCGCGGCGCGCGUCGCCGCUGAUGCGGGCCAUCGCGGCGGCGCUGGGGCGGGCGACGUCGCUGCACCCGUCCUGCGUGUACGUCCACCUGCUUCUCCUCAUUGCCGCGACUCUCGUAAAGUACGGCGGGAUCCUCGAGCGCCACUGCAACCUGCUGAUGUUGCAGCAUGGCGAGCCCGGUGACGGGAAGUCCGUCGCGUUGUGGCUCGACGUGCAAAUCCUGUCCUUCUACGACCAGGCGCGCGAGGCCCGGGCCAAGAGAAGGUGCGAGGCCGCGGCCGCGAGGCACGAGCUCGACCCGGAGAACCACCCCAAGCCCGAGAAGGAGCCCGCCAAGGAUUCUAUCUUCAACAAGGGCACUUUCGUUGGUCUGGGGGGAUUCAUGCAAGCCCAGGAGGACACCGCCUUUCUGGCCCUCCACGAGGGGAAGACUUGGCUCCCCCAGACGUUCGACAGCGGGCCGGGCGGCGGGAUCGACGACCUUAAUCAGAUCCACGACCACGACCUCUACAAGAACCACCCCGGCAACAACCAGAACAAGUUCCGCGUGCGGAAUCCGCACUUACGCGGGGCAGUCCUGAUGCACGUCGAAGAGGUCUACGACCAGUCGAAGAAGCCAGACACCACGGCGGGGAUGAUGCGCUUCCUCGUGGGGCACUUCUCCGCGGUGGUCAAUGAGAUCCUGCCCGAUCUGCCGUCGCCGCAGAUUGCCCGGAUCGUCGCUGACGACCCCGACUACUUCAACAAUUUGGGCUACGACGACGUCGUGCAAGCGCUGGGCGGGGUCAUGCUCGUCUCCUCGUUCCUCUUCCCGGCGGGGCGGGAGCGCCAGGGCGAGAAGGUCGACGGGAAGCUCAAUCGCGACCGCUUCUCCAAUGUGCGCGGGACGCACUUCCCCCCCUGGGCCACCGAUGUCCGGGAGCACUUUCGCACCCAAUUUAAUAAGUCAGCCGACUACGUCCGCGGCGAGGCCAGGGCGUCCAGGGGCGAGGGCGAGGUCAGCGAGUACUCCGCCGUCCGGAAGAUACCGCCCGAGGUGGCGCGCCCAUCAGUGGACGCCGCCGCGGCGUUGGGCGAGUGGUUCGCGAAGAACUUCCAGAUGACGGUGCACGCCAAGGACGUGGCCAGGGAGUUCAUGCAGGCCCGCGCGCGUUUCGCUGCCAUGCCGCCCCCGACGCUCGCGUCCGCGGAGCUGCUCGUGGGGCACGAUGUCGCGUCCAAGGUAAACCCCAUGGAGACGUUGCGGCGCAUCGCGAACCACUGGAACGUCAAGGCCUUCGCGCAGAACCCAUUUACCACGGACGCCGACAUAAAGGCCUUGCAGCUCGAUUACAUCAUCCUGACACACAUGGGCUUCCUACUGGUCGCAGACGGUCGUGCGAGCGUGGCCACGUACGCAGCCAAUAGCGAGAACUUCGUGAGGGCCGCCAACCGCAUGAUGAAGUGGGACCCCGAGGUCGUUCUCCCGGAAUUGCGCAAGCUGGCGCCCGAGGACGCUUCGGGCGCGCGCGAGGAGGGAAACCAGGACGUCGCCAACGCGAUCUGCCAGGGCUUGAAGGUGCCGGCAUCGCAGGUUGGCGCCCCCCCGCCGCCGGGCGACGCGCCCGGGCCGGCGGGCGCGGGCGAGUCGCCGGCCCCCGCGGCCGCGCCCGGGCUCACGCAAGCUCCGCUCUCGCCGGGUGAAGAAGAGGCCGGGGCGGCCCCCGGGGCCAAGAGGCUCCGCGCAGAGCCCUCCCUGGCAACAGAGAGCUUCGCGGGGGAUUCCGCGCUGAAGAAGAAGAUCCUCGUGUCCAUCCUGGGCACAGCGCAGAACCCGUACACGGCCGCCAAGAACAGGGGCUCGUUCAGCGGGUCCAUCCCGCAGGCGGUCGAAGCUUCACUUCGCCUGAUGUUUCGGUUCGUCGAUGCCGCUGGCAUCGCCGUGCUACAAGGGGUGGGGUCGGGCGUGCUCAUGCGUGGCGUGCCCCCAGAGCACAAGGACGCCGUCUUCGAGGAGAUGCAGUCCCGCUUGGGCCUCUCGUAUCGCGUCCUCCAUAAGAUGAAAGAUGCGAAUGAUGUCCGGGAGGUGGCUUCCGAGUUCGGCAAGGAUAAGUUCAUGCAGACGGCGUCCCUUCUGGGCGAUGCAUUCAAGAAUGCCGCCUGA